ACGAAACAGCGUGGCUGUGGCUGCAGUCCGCUUAGCACUACAAAUGUUCCAAAACGCUUGCUUUCCUUCUUUUUAUUUGAAAGAAGAGAAAGGAUAGAAAGUGUUCUAAAACAUUUGUAGCACUAGUUAUUAGUUAACCGCAGUGUGUAUCCAGCGUUGGUUGUGAAGGUUAUGUUGAUGUCGUAGCUAUAGAACGCAGAGAAUUUCUAAUAAUUUAAAUCUAAACUGAAAGCGUUUAGUUGUGCACACUUCAUGGAUUAACUGCCUUUCUAUAAUGGAAGUAAGAUGCAAGCAUUGUUGUAAAUCACUGUUUAAGGGUGAUUCUGUCUUGUUUAACGCACAUCAUGAAGUAAAACAGCAUCCUGCGGAUACAGGAUGUCAAGUAGAAGAGUCUGACUGUUGUUCGUACAUGAUGGCAGAAAAUAUACCGAGCUGGAUUAUGAAUCUUAUCGAUCAGGAAUCUUGGACUAAGGGGAAAUUACAUUGUCCACAUUGUAAUAGUCGCUUAGGAUCUUUCAACUUUGUAAAUGAUCUAAAGUGUUACUGUGACAAGUAUGUAAGACCUCCUAUAAGAAUAGUUAACUCUAAGGUAGAUAUUCUAUGUGAGAAUUUGAAGCAAUAACAUAGAUAAACUUAUAUUAAUUGUAUAUAUUUGUGAUAAUAUAUGUUUAUUUUUAUAUA